AACUUGAAGUGAGCUGAGUGAGUGUGAAAGAGGAGGCAGAAAACAUGAUCGAGAUGAUGCAUGUGAUCGUCGGGAGGUGAGAGCCGACUUGCGAGAGCAUUCCGAACAUCAUGGCUACUCUCCAGUUCCGGACAUCCAACUCGACUUAUAAGCUGCCUUGUCGUCCACCUUUUUCAACGGCGACGACAGGAUGUCCUCAUUCCUACGUGGUGUGCGGCCAAACCUGCGCCUUCCCGUGUCCUACCACACUGUUCGGGCAAUGAGCAACUCCACUAACAUUACAACCAUACCUGCACUACCUCUCCAGCCGCCCACUAUUAAACAGGAAGAUGACACGUUCAACGAUCGUGUGGACGAAAUGCAGGCUUUCUUCGACCUGCCUCGUUUCGCAGGUCUGAAGAGGCCAUACUCUGCCGCUUCCGUUGCUUCGAAGCAAGGGUCACUGCCAGUGCUACCACUUCCGUCGACCUUGCUUGCGGACAAGCUGUAUGCUUUAUUUGAUAAAGCAGGCAAGGAAGGAAAGCCUGUGCAUACCAUGGGUGCGAUUGACCCUGUUCAAAUGACACAAAUGGCCCCCCAUCAGGAGGUGGUCUAUAUAAGUGGUUGGGCUUGCUCGAGCCUGUUGACCACCUGCAACAACGAAGUUGGCCCGGAUAUCGGAGAUUACCCGUACACUACGGUCCCAAAUCAAGUCCACCGUAUCUUCCGAGCUCAACAACUACACGACAAGAAACACUAUGAUGAACGUAUCUCUGCAACUGCUGAAGCUCGGGCGAAGAUGCCGUAUAUUGACUACCUUCGCCCGAUUAUUGCUGACGCCGACAUGGGACACGGCGGACUGUCAACUGUCAUGAAACUGGCUAAAUUGUUUGCUGAAUCUGGAGCAGCAGCUAUUCACCUGGAAGAUCAACUGGUUGGUGGUAAGAAGUGUGGACACCUCGCAGGAAAGGUUCUCGUCCCAGCUUCGGCCCACGUCUCCCGCCUCAUCGCCGCCCGGUUCCAACUCGAUCUGCUCAAAUCCUCUAUGCUCUUGAUUGCACGUACUGAUGCCGAGUCUGCCAAAUUGCUCUCCUCUACUGUCGAUGUUUUGGACCACGAAUUUAUCAAGGGCGUAACGAAACCUGGUAAACCACUGGCUGAGGUUAUCUCUGAGGCAGAGAUGGAUGGCAAGACUGGACCUGAAAUUGAUACAAUCGAGAAGGAAUGGUUGGCCGCUCACCCUAUGUGCACUUUCAAUGAAGCUGUCAAGGUUGCUGUCGACAAGUCCUCGAUUGCUGAUAAGGAAACCGCAUACAAGGAAUACCUGAAUGCAGUCGAAGGCAAAUCUAACUCGGAUGCUCGCAGCGUCGCAAAGGACAUUCUUGGUGAACCUGUCUUUUGGUCAUGGGAACUUCCGAAGACUCGUGAAGGUUACUAUCACUACACCGGUGGUGUCGAGGCUGCUAUCAAGCGUGAACUUGCCUUCGCUCCUUAUGCUGACCUUAUCUGGCUGGAGACAAAAACGCCCGAUCUGGCUCAAGCUCGGUACUUCUCUCGCAAGAUUAGAGAUAAAUACCCCGGGAAAUGGUUCGUGUAUAACCUGAGCCCGAGCUUCAACUGGUCUGCCCAGGGUUUCUCAGAUUCGGAUUUGAAGAGCUUCGUCUGGGAUCUUGCAAAGGAAGGAUUUGUCCUACAGCUGAUCUCAUUGGCUGGUCUUCAUGUGGAUGCGACUGCGACGGCUGAACUCGCUGCUCGAUAUAAAACUGACGGCAUGCUUGCCUAUGUCGAACUUGUCCAGCGCAAGGAGAAGGAAAUCGGCUGUGACGUCCUGACUCAUCAGAAGUGGAGCGGUGCCAACUACAUCGACCGCAUCCUCACCACGGUAUCCGCUGGAUCGUCGAGCACCUCUGCAAUUGGCAAAGACUCAACAGAGCACUCAUUCUAAAAGUCACGCAGGGGAAACAUUUCCGUCAGGGUGAGCGCGACGUCAGUCGCUUAGCACCGCAGUUUCUUGUAUUACAAGCGAAGCCAGAUCGCAUGUACCAUAAGUUGGAUUUUACUAACGAAGCAUAGGCUGAAGAAUGCAUAAUUGCUGCUGUGCGUACCCUGAGAGAUGUGAGAUAGAGAAAAACGACGAAUAAAUGGAAAACGAAAAA